GUUUUUUUUUCCCCCCCCAGGAAGGGGGCAGGGAGGUUUUUGUACAACCUGUGGUCUCUGUGAAGCUAUUUCAGAUUACCCUUACAUUUUCUUGUCCAUUAAAACAAGAAAGAAAGGAGAAUGUCUCUGGUGCAUUAGUCAUUGAAAACGUUACUCAGCCCUCUCUAUCGGAGGUCUGUUUCUUUUUAUACCUAGUAUAGCCAGCACACUGCCUACUGCUUUGCCCUUUACACUCUUCCCUUUGUGCCCUUUAGCCCAGCUAUUUGUCUUCUUUCUAAUCAAAGUUAACAGAACUUUUUUUAAAAAAAUCAUUGAUUGUCCAAAAUAAAAUUCACCAGCGUCUAAAGACAUCUAAAAUGUGUCAGCUGAGGGAUGAGCCACAUUAAUGGUCCCUGAAGCUCAGUGGCUUGUGCGGAAACACUCUUGGGAGAUGUGUUGGAGAGAAUUGGGUGAAGAAUAGGGAUCAAAGGCCAAGGAAUCAAAGUGAAUUGGUAAAGGGAAGUACACACUGGAGCAUGAGGGCCUCAACCAUGAAUUAACUGAAAUAAAAAUGAAACAAAAGAUGUAUUUUGAGAAGCAGAAUUUGAGGCUACUACUUCUUCAUACUCUGUUUAGUUUCACAUGUUGAUAAGACACUUUUAAAGAUAUAUAUAUAUAUAUAUAUAUAUAUAUAUAUAUAUAUAUAUAUCCCACUGGGGUCUUUUUAAGAUAUAUACACUAGAUAGAUAGAUAGAUACAUACAUACAUACAUACAUACAUAGAUGAUAGAUAGAUACAUAGAUAGAUGAUAGAUACAUAGAUAGAUGAUAUAUGGAUAGAUGAUAGAUAGAUAGAUAGAUAGAUAGAUAGAUAGAUAGACAGACAGACAGGCAGGCAGAUGGUAGAUAAUAUAUUAAAUGACAGGUGAUAGAUAGAUGAUAAAUAGAUGAUAGAUAUAGAUAGACAGAUGGUAGAUAGACAGACAGAUACAUAGAUGAUAGAUAUAGAUAUAGACAGACAGAUGAUAGACAGAUGAUAGAUGAUAGAUAGACAGACAGACAGAUACAUAGACACAAGAUAAGGUAACAUCUGUCACAUCUGACAUCUGUUUAGGGACAUUAUUGGUCAGUUACUAACUUUUUCAGAAUCUAAUGGAUAUAUGUAAUAUCUCUCUCUCGUCUUAGAAAAGGUAUUCACGGAGUAUGGAUCAGGCAGUGGUCACUGACAACUUUUUAUAUACUGUGAGCAAUGUUCAUGAGCUUGACUCCAUAUCUCUCUCAAGAGUUAUUCAGGACACUGUGUGUAUGAAGUGUCUUAUGGGUCAGGUAGCUAAAAUAGCCUUUCAGAUCAAAAUAUACCGUCUCGAAUUCAACAUAUUCAACAUACAAAUUUUCCAGUUAACUAAAGUUGAUACUCAAAAAGAACUCUUGAAUAGGCCAUGUACGAAACUUCUCAGUUCAGAAAAAAAAUGGGAUAUUUGCCUCAGUUUGAAGAAAUUUGCUACCCCUGUAUACAGAAGGCAUUCCAACUUCAUUUCGUCUUCUGCAUCUCAAUCGUCCGUUCUGUGGUUCAUUCUCAUGGAAGAAGAACCUAUGAAAUCACAGAAUUCUGCUUCAAGUUCGUUCUAAAUUUGUAUUGGAUCUCAAAUGAUAGUGGCUGUGGUCAAAGAGACAGAACGAGAUACUGUUUUGGAUUGGGAAAAUUCAAGUGGUUUCACAUGUUGAUGAUAAAAGAGAUCCAGGGUCAGCCUACUUUUGUGGAAUUGUUUUGCUUUGGCUUUGUAUCUGGGGACACAUUGGGGCAAGGAGUCUUAGAUUUGGGAAGACAAGAGAAUGUACUUUCCACAUUGUCAAUCUAUGCGGUCAGAGUGUGUGGGGAUGGGUUCAGAAGUGUGUGUUUUCCACAGGUUCCCUAGCUGAUGCUGCUAUAUUCUCCUACUCCAGUCUCUCCAGAUCUUGGGGGAAUGCUAAUCCUAUGAUUUUAGAGGGUUUUGUUGGCUUGUCUGAAUGUUUUGGGGGGUUUCCUCCCCUUCGUCUGUUUUCUAUUUCAUUAGCAACCUUUCCCCUCGAUCUCACAAAAACCCGACUCCAGAUGCAAGGAGAAGCUGCCCUUGCUAAGCUGGGAGAUGGUGCGAUGGAAUCCGCCCCUUACAGGGGCAUGAUGCGCACGGCCCUGGGGAUUGUCCAGGAGGAAGGCUUCCUAAAGUUGUGGCAAGGAGUGACGCCCGCCAUUUACAGACACUGUACUCUGGAGGUCGGAUGGUCACCUACGAACAUCUCCGGGAAGUUGUGUUUGGCAAAAGUGAAGAUGAACAUUAUCCCCUCUGGAAGUCCGUCAUUGGAGGGAUGAUGGCUGGCGUCAUCGGACAGUUUUUAGCCAACCCCACUGACCUCGUGAAGGUCCAGAUGCAAAUGGAAGGGAAACGUAGACUGGAAGGGAAACCCUUGAGAUUCCGGGGAGUACAUCACGCGUUUGCAAAAAUCUUAGCUGAAGGAGGAAUCCGUGGGCUUUGGGCAGGCUGGAUACCCAAUAUUCAGAGAGCAGCACUUGUGAACAUGGGAGAUUUAACCACUUACGACACAGUGAAGCACUACCUGGUAUUGAACACAGCACUUGAAGACAAUAUCGCCACUCACGGCUUAUCCAGUUUGUGUUCUGGACUGGUGGCUUCUAUUCUGGGAACACCAGCCGAUGUCAUCAAAAGCCGAAUAAUGAACCAACCUCGAGACAAACAAGGAAGAGGGCUUUUGUAUAAGUCAUCAACUGACUGCGUGAUCCAGGCUGUUCAAGGAGAAGGCUUCCUGAGCCUGUAUAAAGGCUUUCUACCCUCCUGGCUGAGAAUGGUAAAGACGGGGAGGUUCUGUUUCUUCCUUUGUUUUCUUUAUAUUUCACUUACUUGUACUUUGCAGGUAUUUUUCAUCCUCCUCUCUGAUGUGUGGCCACACGAGAGGCCCAUCCACCUUCCUUUUAAAAAUCUUUACUGUAGGGGUUUCUUUUUCUUUCAACCCUUUCUUAGAAUCAUGUUUCCUUUCUUGACAGACUAAGGCUAAGUGACCCUGUCACACUAAUUAAUAAACAGCUUGAUAAUCUAUUGCAUAAGUAGAUAAAGACAGAUUUUUUUGUUCAAGUGCUAUAAAGCUGUUAGUAGUCUUCUUAGCUAAAACAACCCAGGUUGGGAUGAAUAGAGAGAUUUCAGAACUUCUAGGAAAUGUUGCUGCUUCUGAACUUGCUUUGAUGACAAAGUUAUCCAGGUUUGAUUAGCAGAGAGACCUGCUUUAGAAGAGUGCUAUGGCCCACUGUGCUUCUGCCAUUUACUGCAGUGUACUAGACAGAGUUAGCCAUGCGGGAGCUGUCAUUCACAGCACGGUUCUUUUGUGAGUGCUUAUAAAUACUUGAAAAUGUGGAUGAGUUAUGGGGCUAGACAUUCAAUCAGAAAUCAACAUAAUAACGCGUGUGCGCACGCACACACACACACACACACACACACACACAUAAGAAACUAUAAAUGGUGACUGUCACAAGAAGACUUUGUAGUGCUUUGGAGAUACACAGCGGGUAGGUACAGCCUAAACUGGAUAAUCCUGAAGGUCUCUCCCUAGGAGAGACUUGAAGCCUGAAUAGGGCUUAGCGAGGCAAGAUGAUAAAACAAAACAAAACAAAAAACAAAAAAAAAACCAAAGAAACAAAACAACAACAACAAAAAUAAACGUUCUCUGGAGAUGGGUGGAAGUGUACUGAGAGCCCAAGGGCAGGGAGUAUGGAAGGUGCAGCUGGCCAAUAUGCAGACAAACAAGGCAAAAGGCGAGUCAGAUAGGCAGAAAGUAGAUAGGCAGGGUGAACCGUGCACAUUGCGGUGCGCUGUGGCUUGGCCAGUUAUGUACUUCUAGAUUAUUCUGUCCUUCUUGUGUUAGAAAAAGGCCUGGAGUGAUCAAUAAACAUAAUGGUGGUGCAGAGGGGAGUCUGGCAGUGAGGAAGAGGAUACCUUUUAACAGGUGUUUGGGGCAUAGGAGCCUGACUGGAUGAGGGUAGCUGAACGGCCAGAGAAGAUAAGGAGAAGAAAAGCCAGGACCUGAACAACGGGCGCUGACAACAGUUUGUACAGAUGGGCAUAUUUGCAGGGCAAGAAAUGUAGAUUAAAUAAAUAUAGUUUUUGGUACAGAAAGUUUAGGAGAGAGAUAUGCAGAAGACUGUGUUAAUAUCAGAAUUGGAUCAGUACUAGAAUCUAAUGUAGGGGAAAUAGGGCUGGAGAUACAGGGAGUAUAAGAACGUACAGAUGGGACAGUAGAUGGCUAUAAUAAGAACAAACAGAAAGCCACAGCCCAUAGCAACACCUGAUAUAAAGUGUGUCAGUCAGCCUUCUGUUGCUGCAACCAAAUACCCAACACCUGACAACACAACCUGAAAGAAGACAGAAGGGUUUAUUUGGUCUUCGGGUUUCCGAGGUUUCAGACUGUGGUCAGCUGACUCAAUUGCUUUUGUUGGCUGGUGAGGCAGAACACCCUGGCAGGACCAAGUGGCCAGGAAGUAGAGAGCUCUUUGCAGGGAGGAGCCAGGGACAGGUGCGCCCUGCAGACUCCUCCCAUCAGGAGGAGGGGCAAAGGGGAUGGAUCAGUGACUAAAGCAUCAUCAAGCAGGCAUCACCACGGUGUGUAUGGCUGUCCUGUUGGUUGUUGCUACGCAUGAUCGAACCCAGACACCUGCCUCAUAAGAACCUGCAGGCACCUGGCUGGCUUCACUGGAGCUGAUAAUUAUAACAUGCCUGGUAUAUUCACACAAACAUGUUUGAUAAAUGACGCAGGAGCCGGGCGCCUCCAGGCCAGCAUGUUCUUCAGAAGUGCAAGCCCUACGUGGGCCCAGGUCAGCAUCAGAAGGUCACUUGCUAAGCAUCACAGCCGGAAGAGCUUCUUUUGUAAACUUAAAACUAAAGAUUUAGGACUGUGAAGUUAUGAGGGCUUUUCAGUAGCUAGCUCUGCAGAAAUAAAAAUGAGAAAGGCCUGCGGUAGGCUUGAGACAAACCUGAGGCAGCAACAUGGGACCAGGCGCACUUGGAUUAUUUAAAAAGUCUCAACUGUGCUGAUGGGGAACUCAGAAAGCACAGACAGCAUGGCCAAUGACAGGGUUCAGAGGCUCAGUCAAUCCCACCCAUUAACUCCCCACACAGUCUUUAGCUAAAUGUUCUCUCUUUCUCCUUUCUCUCUCUCUCUCUCCCUCUCCCCUCCCCUCUCUCUCUCUCUCUCUCUCUCUCUCUCUCUUGAGCUCAUUUAACUAAACCCCGCCAUACUCCCCAUCACUAAGAAAGUCCCUAAACAGAGGAGGCAUAGAGUUUCCUCACCCAGCCCCUGUGGUUUUGAACCUUUAAUAACACAUUCAGUUGGAGAGCCCACCAGUAGAGCUGCUGCAGGGUCCUUCUUAAACAGGACUCCCCCCUCCCAGGCCUCUCUGCAGUUGCCUCCUUGACCGAUCCAUUCUGAUGACACAGGGAUGUGGCACAUUCACGGCUUUGUGUUUAUCUCAGCCAAGUGUGUGUGGAUCAGCUAACCACUACGUAGUGCGUUCUUAGCCUGCCAGUGUAACGUGUUCAGUAUUUCCCAGUGCAGGCAGCAUCCCUUCCCAAGCACAGUUAGCAGAUCCAAUUUAGAUUCGAACUAGUUAAGUUUAACUCUCUGCUCUAGAAUGGAAAUCCUCUCUAGUCACCAAUCAGAACCAAACUAGAGAGGGACUUGAUCCAAGCACCCUUUCCCUGGUAAUCCCUACUUCCUAGUGUUCAUCACUUAUUUCAGACCACAUCCUUUCUACUUCCUGUGGGUAGAUCCUUUCAGAUUAAGGUCAAGCCAUUCUAAGAUGGGCUUCCUUUUUCUCUUUCGUGUGAGUUUGUUUAUGCAGAUCGCAAUACAUCUGGGACCGAGAUUUUUACGACCCAGAUCUUAAAGACUUAUCUAUAUCUUCCUCGCAUCUUAAGCAUCUAAUUAGACAGACGCUUAGUACAGAAGUCAAGGCAUCCCAGGCUGUAGCCUUUUAGCCAAAAACGAUCCAUAGAAAGAGCAGUGUGGUCCGGCACCACACUGUGUCAGUGGGCAGCGGACUCAGGGAGAUAAGAAUUGUUUUUUUUUUUUUUUUGUAAGUUGUUCUUAGAGAAAUCUGUGGCCAAUAUGACAGGAAAAUGCUUUAUAAGUUUCAAAGGUAAACUAUUAAGAUGUUGGUGGGGUUUUUUUCUGCUUUGUCUGGUUUGGUUCUUACAAGUGGAUUGAAAAUGACUGUCGCUCAGAGAUGUCUGUGUAGAGUCUAUCAUCGCUUUGAGAUGUGCACUAACCUCUUUGGUUAAUCUUUCAGACCCCUUGGUCAAUGGUGUUCUGGCUUACUUAUGAAAAAAUCAGACAGCUGAGUGGAGUCAGUCCAUUCUAAGCCCCUAAAGCUAGAGUGCUCCUUGUCACUGAGCAAGAGCAACACAGGCCCCUAUCAUUUCUACCUCUUUAGGAAGAUACUUUACUCCACAGAGACUGCGAUUUGCAGGGGGCAACACUUUAUCCCUCUCUGGAAACCGGAGUUCUCUCUGACUCCUCCUUUUAUCUAAGAGCAAUCUGUCUGGUCCAGUCUCACGAGACCAACCACUGAGACACAGCCGAGGCGUCUGCUAAAGAAGGGAAACCCAGACCACUUUGACCUUGGGCCAGGAGGUUUGGACUCUGAGCCGCUGAUCUGUGCAGGAGCAUCUGCCUUAGAUGAGUUGCCAGAGGGAGCCAGCAUCUGAGACCCGGAUAGACGUCAGCGAUGCGGAAGACUGUUGCGCUUAGGGAACGUUUAACUUCUGCGCCAGUAUGUAUUGUUGCAGUCUGACAACUGCUUUUCGGCCAGCAGAGCGCACGCACUGUAAUCUUCAGGGAGGCAAACGAGAAGUCACGAAUAAACAUCUUGAAUUUUCCUAGUGCUCAAAGAAGUCGCUUUACCUUUUCACGCAAGGAGGACGGAAAGACAUGAGAGGCAACUUGAAGUGGUGUUGGAUGGCAGGGCGAGAGGCUCCUCGCUGCUGGGUCUGCUUUUGCGGGUGCUCUUAUUGGCUACCACUCCUUCAUGCAUGCUAGAGCCUAGUGAUAUCCUCUGAUGGCCACAGUCUGCCAGCGGGAGCAGAACGCUUGCUGCGUAACCCAUCCCAUUACAACCCACAUUUGUCCGUAGCUCUGAGAAGCAUAACCAAGGGAACCACAACAUACUUGCCUGCGAUUCAGCUCCCAGGGUGUCCUUAGCAAGCACCUCAUACAGUCACCCAGCUCUCCGGGGAUGUUUUGGGAGCAAACUCACUCCCUCGGGUCUCCAUCUAUAUCUCUCUGUUACGGAGAGGAGAGGGCAGUGAGAGCUAGAGAGCUCAGAUGCCAAGCCAAAACUUCCAGAAGCCCGAGUGUUAAUCAUUGUGAAUCUAAUCCAUCCCUGCCUGAAGUAUGGCAAGAGUUCACCAUCCGCGGGUCAUGAUAAUCCCUCCAGUCUUCGAAUCGGGUCCUUUUCCCUCUUUCUACAAGGGUUUCUCCAGAGUCACCUACACACCUGCUCCCCCAGCCUCAGACACAGGGCAUUUGGGGAUGAAUGGCUACAGCUUGAAGGUAACGUCUGGGGCUAUUACUAGAGAAACUGUGAGCACUCGGGCCCAAGGUGGAUCUGAGAGCCAACCAAGUAGCUGUCAUGAUGGAUAGAUUGCUCACUUGUGUGUACAAGCAGCAUCCUCGGUGCUGCCUGAAUGAGCGGAUGGAGAAUCACUGCCAUUGCAAAGGAGGAAGAAGCACACCUUUAAAGACCUCUCCACGUGCGGACCCGUCUCGCUUUUCUACUUACUGAAGGUGGAGUUUGAUCCCUGCACCUCUUCGGGUUUCCCACCUGUCUGUUGCAUUCAUUGACCCGCAAUUGAGUUGCUAAAUAUAUAUAUAUAUAUAUAUAUAUGUAGCCUAUAUUAUGUGCUUAAGUCCCCAAGUGUUCGCUUUGGGGAAAUUUUGGGUUUUUUUCUAUGUUUUCUAAUGUGUAUGACUAAGUAACAAUGAAGUCAAACAAUUACAUGCAAACUCGACUGUGAAAAAUUGGCUCCAGCUUUCUUCUUUUGGGGGCUGGGAACUGGGACAUAGGCACGAUGUUCCUUGGUUUGGAAACUGAAGCCCAGGGAAAGGUUGCCCAUGCUGCACAACACAAAGACCCUGGUAAUUAUUUAUCUUACAGUGGACCGUAACGCUGCACACUAAUGAGGUACCCAAGCAGAACCCUUACAUCGGCUGCACAACGCCCCUGUGUGAGAUUCUGAGUCAUCUCCUAAUGUGUCGUUGUUGAUGAUGAUGUCGUCGUUUUGUCCCGUAGUUCUCAGUAUAUCUGCGUUGCUUACAGCACAACGUUUAGGCUGAAAUGGACUUGAACACUAAGACUCCUCAUGGUCUGGAUGCUUGUCGUGUCUCAGACACAUAGCCACACUACUCCCAUGCGAACUUGGCCUCUUGGUACCCACUUGGUACCCAUUGGAAUGUUCUAGGUCCUUCUCCAAAGUAAACACAUCAGAAAAAUCCUGUCUGUAACUUUCUCACCCUCCUACAGUGGAACUCUGUGGGCUUCUCAGCCCUGCAGCCCAAUCUUCAUAACUCUAGGCAUUUUUCUUUAAUUCUGCUUCCUCAGUUUUCCUAGUCAAAUAAUGCUUUUUUACUUUUUAAAAAUCCACGCAUAGCUAUAAUGCAUAGAUUAUGGUUAUAAUGUGCUCUGACCUUUAUAAGCAAAUUAACAAGUGUAUCUAAUUAAAGGGAUAGCAUCUCUUAAGUCUUAUUUUAGUUAGACAUAAUAAGGGUUUUUAAAUCUUUUUAUUUUACUUUUGCGUGUGUUUCGCCUGGAUGUUUGUCCGUGUUCCAUUGCAUGUGGUUCCUAAAGAGGCCAGGAGAGGGCAUUGAAUCCCCUAGAAUUAGAGAUGGUUACGAGCUGCCACGUUGGUGCUGAGAAUUAAACCCAAACCUUCUGGAGGAGCAGCCAGUGCUCUUAACCACUAGGCCAUUUCUCCAACCCUGGGAAUAGUAAAUGUUUUUUAAAACUCCAGGCCCUGUUGGAUUAUAAUUCUUCAGGGUUAGGACUGGGUAGGUACUUUGGUUGUACGUGAAUCACAGCCUUCAUUAAUAGCUUUCUUUGUUUGGUUGCUUAUUUAUUCGUUUGUCUUGUUUAUUUAUUUUAGCUACUGGUACCCAAGAAAAACUGUUUAUUGCUAACACAAUAUGAUAUGAAUAUAUAAUAAAGUUAUAUAUUGCUAACAUAA